AUGCCGGAGACUCAAGGAGUGUCUUUUGGGAAGGUGAUUCCAGAUCAGCGUGUGUUCAGAGGAGAGACAGUCACUCUCACAUGUGACAUACAGGGAGCAGGAAACAUUCAGUGGAGAUACAGCUGGUUUAAAGAUGGUUCAGUCACCAGAGACGUCACUGAGAGAGUCUACAGCAUCACACCUGAUGAGUCUUACAGUGGUAAAUACAGUUGUGAAGUAAAGAGCAUCAGCGACGCUGUUACACUGAGUGUAUCAGCGAGACCAAAACCUGUAGUGAAGGUGACUCCAGAUCAGCGUGUGUUCAGAGGAGAGACAGUCACUCUCACAUGUGACAUACAGCGAGCUGGACACAUUCAGUGGAGAUACAGCUGGUUUAAAGAUGGAGACACUCACAAUCCAUACACAACAACAACAACAGCAGAGUUCAGUUUCACAGCUGAUUAUGUGUCUAAUAGCGGUGAAUACAGCUGUAGAGGAGAGAGAUCAGACUCACAGAGAUCAGACAUCAGUGCUGCUGUUACACUGACUGUAUCAGAUUCACCCAGAUCUACUCUGACUGUGACACCAGACAGACCUGUAUUCACUGGAGAGACAGUCACUCUGAAGUGUGUGAUUGUGUCUCACAGUAACUGGAGAUAUGAGUGGUUUAAAGACAGUGUAAUGUUACAGAUGUCUGAUCGUUACACUGUAAACAGAGACACUCUCACUAUCAGAGGAGCUACUGAGUCUGAUCAGGGUCAGUACUGGUGUAGAGGACAGAUAAGAUCAGUCUCAUCACAAUCAAGAUCUGCUGUUUCUCUCUCUGUGAAGGCGAGACCAAAACCUGUAUUGAAGGUGACUCCAGAUCAGCGUGUGUUCAGAGGAGAGACAGUCACUCUCACAUGUGACAUACAGCGAGCAGGACACAUUCAGUGGAGAUACAGCUGGUUUAAAGAUGGAGACACUCGCAAUCCAUACACAACAACAACAACAGCAGAGUACAGUUUCACAGCUGAUUAUGUGUCUGAUGGUGAAUACAGCUGUAGAGGAGAGAGAUCAGACUCACAGAGAUCAGACAUCAGUGCUGCUGUUACACUGACUGUAUCAGAUCUGAAGCCAAAGCCUGAACUCUCAUCAUAUCCUGCAGGAGCUGCGCUGACAGGAAACACAGUGACUUUGACCUGUCGCAUGGAUCCGGCCGCUGGAUGGGACUUUUACUGGAACAAACACACACUGAACUCUGAGACAAAGACAGAAACAAACUCCUACAGAGUGAAGAUUGAUUCAGUGUCUGAUGGAGGCCAGUACUGGUGUAGAGCUGGAAGAGGAAAACCAGUCUACUACACACAAUACAGUGAUGCACUGUGGGUAAAUGUUACAGUGAGUUCUAAAGCUGUGGUGACGGUCCGGCCUGAUGAACGAGUGUUCAGAGGAGAAACAGUCGCUCUCAGAUGUGAUAUAAAGUGGGGAGGAGACACUGAGUGGACGUACAGAUGGGAAAUAGAGGGAACAAACUGGUAUAAAAACUCUGCUGACCGAUGUACAAAAGAGUGCAGCACCAGUGAAACUGAUAAUCAGAAAAACAGAAAUGCUGUCGGCUGGUGUUUAACACAAGAGUUGAACAUCAGCAGUGUUGAUCACGUUCACAGCGGUAAAUACACCUGCAGAGGACAGAAAAACACACAAUGCUCUCAGCGCAGUGAUGCUGUUACUCUGACUGUAUCGGCUGAAGCUCGGGCAGCAGUGCGAGUGUCUCCACAGCCGUGGCUGACUGAAGGAGACUCAGUGACUCUGAUCUGUGAGGUUACAGGCUCCUCUACAGGCUGGACGUUCAGCUGGUUCAGAGAUGAUGAUCGUCUGUCAGACAGCAGCAGAGGAGCUGGAGGCUCUUACACUCUCAGUCCUGCUGCUCUACAGCACACAGGAGUUUAUACGUGCAGAGCAGAGAGAGGACGACCGCCCUAUUACACAGAGAACAGUAACACACAGACACUGUGGAUCACUGGUGUUUCUCCUUCAGUGUCUCUGGAGGUCAGUCCCAGCAGAAGUCAACACUUCUCGUCUGACUCUCUCUCUCUGAGCUGUGAGGAUCAGAGGAACUCUGCUGGAUGGACGGUGAGAAGAUACACAGACAGAAACACAGAAGAUUGUUCAAAACAAACAGGAUCUACAUGUCGAAUCUUCUCUCUCAGCACAUCUGACUCUGGAGUUUACUGGUGUCAGUCUGAAUCUGGAGAGAAACGCCAUCCUCUCAACAUCACUGUACACGAUGGUGAUGUGAUUCUGGGGAGUUCUGUUGAUCCUGUGAUUGAGGGAGAUACUCUGACUCUACACUGUUUACAUCGAUCUACAAACUCCCCGAUCCUCGGAGCUGAUUUCUAUAAAGACGGAUCACUCGUCCAGAAUCAGACGACAGGAGAGAUGAACAUCACGACUGUCUCAAAGUCACAUGAGGGUUUCUACUCCUGUAAAACAGAGAGAGGAGCGUCACCCAAGAGCUGGAUCUCAGUCAGAGUGCCAGAAGUUCAGAUUUUCUUCAGCAUCCUCAGUUUUCUUCUGGCAGCUUGUCCGUAUCUGCUGUCGACAGUCGUGCUGCUGUUCAAAUGCUACAGAGCGAGAGUUCCAUCUGCUGAAGACCAAAGCCAGUACGCAGUGACAGAAGAAACUUCAACCUGAUAUUAACAUGUUUUUAAAAAUGUGUGUAUUUGAUUUACCUUAUAUCAUUUAUUCUUUCAUUAAACAACUGUUUUAGUGUGUUAUUCCGCUUUUAUAUGCUCCUUGUCAAAAAAAAAAAAAAAGGUUUAGUGAUGCUACAACCCAGUCUCACGGCAGUUCGUGAUAUAUUCACGUGGUGUUUGUCUGUUUUUCCAGUAGUGAACACUUGGCAAUGAUUUUGUUGGUUUUGGUCACCAGUUGCCUGUUUUACUUAUUUAGUUACCUAUAGAGACCAAAGUUUUACUCUGUAUGAACUGUUUAAAUUAAUGUGUCUAUUCCAAAAACUGUAACAUUAUGAGUAAAUAAAUAUCUUGGUUUGUCUU